UUCCCGCACGGUGCCGUAAGCGUGUGCGAGUGAACGGAGUAGGCGCUGCUGCUGGUGUUUUUGUGCGUGCGACUUCUUGCGAGCCAAUUUUCUUGGCAUUGUAGAUGCCUCAGUUGAUUGUGGACUUCAGCGAGAUUAGCCGAAGUGUCCGAGUGCACCGGGUUUGUUGAUAGGAAGGAAAGCGGUUCGCUUAGAGAAGCAGCAGCAACUGUGCCCAUAUCAGCGCGCACUCGAGGACCGCGAGAGCGCAAGAGAGUUCGAAACCGCUGUUGGCUAGGGGAGGGAUUCUGUGAGUAGCGCGAUUCUCUCGCGACGCAACCCAAGGCACCCGAGGAAGGAGAAGAGAUCGACCCACCACGGUUUCAACCCCACACGGCAGUUUUCCUGCACGCGAAAAAGGGACCGCACUAGAGUACGACGCAGCAAAGCCCAACAUACGCCGCAACGAUGUCGCUCAGUCUUAUGCUGACGCUCUGCCAACGGAGCACACGGGGCGUUUGGUUGCGCCCGGGCAGUUUGAACAUCCGACUAGUGGCCGCCGCACCACAACAGCACCAUUGUCCAGGCCGCGAAUCGCCAAUCAACCAGCAACAGCCCAACCGCACGUUCCUCACGAUGGCGUGCGUACAGCAGCAGCAACGGUGCGUGUCCAUCGACAACAUCAAUCCGGCAAUCAAAACGAUGGAGUAUGCGGUCCGCGGUCCGCUGGUAAUUCGGGCCGGCGUCAUCGAGAAGGAGCUGGAGCAGGGAGCCAAAAAACCAUUCAAGGAAGUAAUCCGCGCCAACAUCGGCGACUGUCAUGCGAUGGGCCAACCGCCGAUUACUUUCAUCCGACAGGUACUUGGACUGGUAUCCUAUCCGCCGCUGUUUAAGGAUCCCAACAUCCCGGCCGAUGCAAAGAAGCGUGCCCGUGACAUCCUGGACGGCUGCAAGGGUGGUUCGGUCGGUUCGUACUCGGACUCGGCCGGCAUCGAGGUGAUUCGCCGGCAUGCGGCCGAAUACAUUCAGCGCCGUGACGGUGGCAUACCGGCCGACUGGCAAAACAUCAUCCUGUCGGCUGGUGCGUCCGGUGGCAUCAAGGUGCUGAUGGCGCUGCUGCGCUGCCCGAUCGAGGGCAAAAAGCCUGGCGUGAUGAUUCCGAUCCCACAGUAUCCACUGUACUCGGCGACGAUUGCGGAGUUCGAUAUGGAGCAGAUCGGGUACUAUCUGGACGAGGCGAACAAGUGGGGUCUGGAUAUUGCCGAGCUGGAGCGUUCGCUGAACGAGGCACGCAAAACGUCGGCCCCACGCAUUCUGGUGGUGAUCAAUCCGGGCAACCCGACGGGUCAGGUGCUGUCGCGUUCGAACAUCGAGGACAUUAUUAAGUUUGCGCAGCGCGAACGGUUGGUACUGUUUGCGGAUGAGGUGUACCAGGACAAUGUGUACGAAACGGGCUCCAAGUUCCAUUCGUUCAAGAAGGUGAUGAUGGAGAUGGGUGAACCUUACAGUAAGAUGGAGCUGUGCAGCUUCAUGUCCUGCUCGAAGGGUUAUAUGGGCGAGUGUGGCAUUCGCGGUGGGUACGCGGAGAUCGUUAACCUCUGCCCGGAUGUGCGCACGAUGCUGCUGAAGUGCAUUUCGGCUCAACUUUGCCCAACCACGGCCGGACAGGCCGUGCUGGACUGUGUGGUGAAUCCACCGCAGAAGGGUGAACCGUCGUACGAGCAGUUCGAGAAGGAGAAGGAGGCAGUGCUGGAGUCGUUGCGCGAGCGGGCCGAGCUGGUCGCCCGUACGUUCAACUCGAUCGAAGGUUUCUCGUGCAAUCCGGUGCAGGGUGCGAUGUACGCAUUUCCGCAGAUCCGAUUGCCCGCGAAGGCGCUGGAAGCGGCCAAAAAGGAAGGCAAACCGGCGGACACAUUCUACGCAUUCCAGCUGCUCGAGGAGACCGGAAUCUGCAUCGUUCCCGGAUCCGGUUUCGGACAACGUCCCGGUACCUAUCACUUCCGUACGACGAUCCUGCCCCAGCCGGAAAAGCUGAAGGAGAUGCUCGGCCUGUUUAAGUCCUUCCACGAGAAGUUCCUGCAGAAGUACAAGUAAUGAUCGUUCCCCGGAAGCGAACGAGCGAGGCCCAAACUGCCGUAACCAUGCAACGAGAUUAGGACGGGCUUAGCGCCACGCAAGCGAGAAACAUCACCAGCCCAGCAUCACGACUCCAUUCGCAAGACUCGGUAAACAUAUCGAACGAAAAAAAAAAAACACGAACAUAGAACGGCGAGAAGAAGAAGGAUAAGUUACGCAUUAACGCCAUGAAAAAGAAAGAGGGCAAUAUAAUUGCAAACAUCGCUUUCCGGCAACCCAACCCAGGCACCCACGGCCUUAAGCAAUUUCAAAAUUAUGCUAACGCCAACACGUGCGUAUAAAAUAAUCAUAUUGAAGAAAAAAUCCGCUUUUCCACGUUACUGCACGUGUGUUUGUGUGUUCAUGCAGCUUUUUUUGUUCAUAAUUAUUUUAAGAAAAAUAUAAGCAACAACAACAAAAAAAUGCUCGUUUGCCCCCAAAACCCACUCAAAAAACAACCAAUCCAGCUGUGAACCAGGACCAGAUCAGGCGAUAAAUAGGUGAAACUCAUUUUUUAGCGUAAAGUUUAAGUUUCGUUCCUUUCGACAGCACAGACAGGUAUUACGCGGAUAGCACAGCAUUGUUAGUACGUAAUAGGUAGGGUGGAUUCACGGGAGGAAAAGCAUCUAAUGCAUUCCCCGCCCGCCAAUAUCUCUCGUUUCGCUUCGGGUUUAACCGGAAGCAGGUAAGGGAUGAAGACACCACGAUCAAAUGUGAUGCUACUAAGCGGGGGAACCGCAAAGCAAAGUCCCUCACUUGUCGAACAGGCAGACGAAAAUUGUGGCUUUCGAAUCGCACGAUUUUCCUUUACACUUUUGCUUGAGUUUGGCAAGACGAUACGGAAGGGCCGGUUAGCCUUUUUUUUUUCUUUCUCCCCCUUUAACCCUAUCUCGGAUCUAUGACGCAAGCAAAAGGGCCAAAAAAAAACAAAAAAAGCUAAAUUUUACAACAGUAAAUUCGAACGGAAAACUAUUGGCAACCGAAAGACAAUAAUUUUUUAACUCGUGUGUAGGAAAAAAAGAGGAGCGUUUCUCUUACUGUAGCGCUGUAUUUGUCGGGAAAAAAAAACUAUACUCUAUAACCAUUGUGCUGUUUGGCAAAUGCCGUCAAUGUGUUAAUCACCCCGAUCUUUCUGUUCCGCCAUACCCAUCCAGCGUCGCGCGUGUCGUUAAGUAUUAGGGAAAAAGCUCUUCGUAGCCAUUCGGAACCACCACAGUGUUGCCAAAAAACGGGCAUCCAUCCGUAACGUUACACCACAUCCGGACCGCCGUCUCGAUCGAUAUUUCAACCCGUUUCACCCGUUUGCCGAAUACACAUAAACACACACACACACACAAAUAUAAUCAAAAAUUGUUACUUAA